AUGUCUCUUGAUUUGAUUCUAAGUUGUCAAUGUAAGCUGCGUCUUGCUUGGAUGGUGAAAAAUGUAAGCAAUUCUGAUGCUAGCGGACGCAUCAACUGGAAGACUAAAAUUCGAGACACCACCAGCGAGCUUCCAUUAAAUGCCGGAUCUGACAAACUGAUCCGUGGCGCUGACGCGUGCUGUGAGAGUUUGACGCAAUUUACAGGGGUCACAUAA